GACAUUUACAUACACAUGUGUACAGGAAAGUCUCAUGUUACUGAACUAGACUCAAAUGAUCCGCUUGCCUCAGCCUCCUGAGUCGAUGAAACCGCAGCUGUACAUAUUGUGCCUGGUUCUCAAGUGACAACAUCACAGUACUGCUUUGAGAGGGGAAUUCUGGACCACGAAGAUCCACAUGGCACCGAGCAUGGAUAGGAUACAGCAGAUGCACCCAGCAUGAUGUUUCUGGACCAGGUGUUCAGUCUAAUGGCAGUCCGCACCCGAGUGGUGAUGACCUCUGUCCUGGUUUACUUCAUCCAGCUUUCUGGAGCCAGAUGUGAGGAGAACUGUGUCAACGCUGAACAUUGUUUGUCCACUGACUGGGUGCAUCUCUGGUAUAUAUGGUUGCUGGUGGUAGUUGGUGCGUUGCUUCUCCUGUGCGGCCUGACUUCAGUAUGCUUCCGCUGCUGUCUCAGCCGUCCGGAAAAUGGGGAAGAUGGGACCCCACAACCCUAUGAAGUGACCGUCAUUGCUUUUGACCAUGACAGCACUCUCCAGAGUACCAUCACAUCACUUCAGUCUGUGUUUGGCCCUGCAGCUCGGAGAAUACUGGCGGUGACUCAUGCACACAGCUCCCUGGGCCAGCUGCCCCCCUCCCUUGACACACUCCCAGGCUACGAGGAAGCUCUUCGCAUGAGCCGCUUCACAGUGGCAAGGUGCGGGCCCAAAGCUCCUGACUUACCCUCAGUGCCAGAGGAAAAGCAGCUGCCUCCCCCAGGGAAGGACUCUCCUCAGCUGGAACUCCCAUCACACUGAUGGGCACGUUGAUGGUAUCCUAAUAUCUAAGACAUCCUGGAGUUGAGAAAGAUCCCCAGAUAUAUAGAACGCCUUCUUUUGUACCGCCCAGAAAGGUUCAGGAUGCCAUCUGGAUAUUGUUCUGUCCACAAGAUAGGUUCCCACUCUUUAUUUACAAAAAUAUGCUUUUUUGAGACACAAUUUUCUAAUUGGAAUUCUAACUCCUUAUCCAAUGGUCAAAGUUUGCAUCUCACCUCUAGCUAUGUAGAUUACUACCAAAGCAGGGGAACAUUAAGGUAUCUUGAAAUCCUUCAACUAUGGCAUUCAUGUACAGUUCCUUUAACCAAAUGAUACUGCAAAUUGCUCUUCUCUCUGCUUGACUGCAGUAACGUUGAAGGGAAAGACAAGGCAGGUACAGUCAUUGAUAUCAGUGCACCAAACACAUGCAUCUUUCCUUCUAGGGAAUGACCACCAUUAUACUGAACAACAAUGGUCACCUGGACUUUGUAGAUUGCAGGGCUGGGGGUGCUAAUAAGAGGAGAGACUAUAGAAUAGCCUGUGCCACAUGUCAAAACCUUUCUAUCACUUUGGUCCUAUACACAAGUGUGACAUAUGGUAUAGAGAACAGAAAUGGUCCUAGAAACUCUUCAGAGCCUUGUCCUGCAAACAUAUGCAUGCACACGUGCACACACACACACACACACACACACACACACACAGAGAGAGAGAGAGAGAGAGAGAGAGAGAGAGAGAGAGAGAGAGACUUGCACUUCCUUUUAGACUAAGAAAAAAGCAUUGGUUUGCUUCUUCCUGUUUUAAGAUUUAAGUCUAUGUACUCACUCAUAUUUGGUUUCUAGCCAUAAACAAAGGACAUUGAGCCUAUAAUUAGUGAUCCUAGAGAAGUUAAAUAAGGAGAACCCAAAGAAAAACAUAU